UUUAUUUUAUAAAUAAAAUGUGAUUUGUUACUUUGUAUUAAUUUAGGGGAAACAUUUUACCGUAAAACCAAAUCCCAAACAUCGCCCGCCGGGUAGUCUAUCGACAGGCAGAGAGAAAAACCCUGGUAAAACCCAGAAGAUGCACACAGCGGUCACCACUAACACCAAGCAAUGAAGCGAGUUUGGAAGCUAUCAGACUCCGCCCAAUCAGAGCUUCUCUGCCGCCACAGAUGCUCUUCCAAAACCAAAACCCUACCUCCUUACAAUCUCACCCACACCAACUCCCCUAAUUACAGAUUCACCCGCGAUGUCAAUGCCCAGAACCAGUCAUCUUCCUCUCCAUCUUCAUCUUCUCCCACCUCCUUCCCAAGCAUCAUCGGUUUGUUCAUCGACAAGCCCUCGCCCCAAGACCUGAGGUCCAGAGAGGAUCUGGUGCACAAGGUCACGCAGUUGAGGGACGAACUGGUUCAGAAUAUUGGGGACUCUGACGAGUUUGUUAGGGUUUUGGAAGAGAAGGGCUCUUCUUUCUUUUCGAGAUAUGGGAAUGGAUUCGCUGUCGUUGAGCUUAUGAACCAGUUACGUUCGUGGCCCCAUUUAGCCGAGGAGGUUUUUUAUUGGAGAAGAAAGCAGGAGGCUGGUGGCACUCCUAUGACGCCAGAGGAGUAUGCCAAGGCUAUUACAUUGGCAGGUAAAACCAAGAAUGUUGAACUUGCUGUUGAGUUAUUUACCGAGGCUUUAAACAAGCGAAUCAAGACGACUUCUAUUUAUAAUGCACUGAUGAGUGCUUAUAUGUUCAAUGGUCUUGCUGCUAAAUGUCAGUCUUUGUUUCGGGACCUCAAGAGGGAACCAGAUUGCAGUCCUACUAUUGUAACAUACAAUAUUCUGAUUUCCGUUUUUGGUCGGUUGAUGCUGGUUGAUCAUAUGGAGGCAACUCUCCAGGGCUUAAAUGAUUUAAAUCUCUCGCCUAAUUUAAGCACAUACAACAAUUUGAUUGCUGGAUAUAUUACAGCUUGGAUGUGGGAUAGUAUGGAAGAAACUUUCCACAAGAUGAAGGUGGGCCCUGUCAGUCCUGAUACUAGCACCCACUUGCUAAUGCUUCGAGGGUAUGCUCAUGCAGGUAAUUUGGUAAAGAUGGAGGAGACAUAUGAAUUGGUAAAACAUCACGUGAAUGACAAGGAAAUCCCAUUGAUAAGAGCAAUGAUAUGUGCUUAUUGCAAGAGUUCUGCCACAGACAGAGUGAAAAAGAUUCACUCGCUAAUGAAACUUAUUCCAGAAAAUGAAUACAAACCUUGGUUGAAUGUGUUGCUGAUUAGGGUUUAUGCUCAAGAGGAUUGGUUUGAGGCAAUGGAGAAGUCAAUAGAUGAGGCAUUUGAGCACAAUACCUCUGUAACUACUACAGGUGUGAUGCGAUCUAUAAUUUCAAGUUACUUCCGAUGCAAUGAAGUGGACAGACUUGAAAAUUUUGUGAAACGUGCGGAAUGGGCAAGGUGGAGAACUUGCAGGUCCCUGUAUCAUUGUAAGAUGGUCAUGUAUGCAUCACAAAAGCGCUUAGAAGAAAUGGAGAGUGUGCUUAAUGAGAUGGAGAAUAUUAACCUGGACUGUACCAAAAGAACAUUUUGGAUAUUGUACAAAGCCUACUCAAGGUGUGGUCAAAGAUAUAAGGUUGCGAAAAUAAUAGGAUUAAUGUGGAAGCAUGGAUAUGAAGUUCCUUUGGAUGAAUUGCAGUCAUGAUUCUUCAUUCCACUUUGGUAGAGCAUAUUGGAUGACAGCAAUUGCAUAAAGCAUUCAGCCAGUCAUUGUGAAUGGUUCAUUACAUCCAUAAGGGGCAACAGAGGUUCCACAUUAUUCACAGGAGACUGGGAGCCUUUCUAUUUUGAUCAACUGGCUGAGUGCCACCCUGGAUUCACUGAAAAAGAUAAAUCAGCUCAACAAGGUACUCUUUGUCAACAGCCAUCUUUCAUCACAUGCCCAUCGAAUUGAUCCACAAGUUAUAUUGAUGGCAUCUUAGGAUCCUUGAAUGGAAGAAUUUACACAUCACAUGCUUUGGGUAGACACUUGGGAAGUCUUAAGUGUGAGCUGAUUGCAAUAGUCUGUGCUGGCCCAUCUUGAUUACUAGGAGGCUUCUUCUAAGUCAGCAAUUUGUACAAUAAGUUAGUUGUGGUUGAAUUUCAUUGAUAAUUAUGCUUCACCUUUGAGAUUACUUACCAGUUCUAAAAUGUCACACCACUGACAUUAUGAAAAAUAUUGUGGGCUGACCUUGGUAACCCAUGUUCUGUUGAUUGAUGAACAAUCUAUACUUAAAUGUGAGUGAGUGUGAGUGCAUGUGUGUAGCCUUGCGAAGAGAUCAUUCUAGAUGUAGUGUGAAUAGUAUAACCGCAGAUGAACCUGAAUGGAGUUCCUUUGUUGAGAUGCCAAAAAAGGAACAAAGGACUGUUUUCUCCAACUAACACUGGGUAAUUUUAACAAGCGUAUGAAUUUCAUUGCUGUCGCAUCCCGAAUUCCUUGGAUAUUGAAAUUAUAUGAUUGGCCCCCAUGCAACUACGUUACUGUCAUUAGUCUGAAUGAGAACUAUUUAUUUGG